CUGCUCUCUUCAGAGUCUCUCUCUCUUUUCUCACUUGUUACAUGUGCUCUGCUUCUUCUUCAUCUUUUGUCACUCACUCUCCAUCUCCAUAAAACUUUUUCUUUUCUCUGCAUAAAAUUUUCCCAGGAAUAUUUCUUUACAAAAAAAAAAAAAACAUUCAUCCCUAAACAAGAAAAAAGCAUCUCCCUCUUUUGCUUAAAUCACCAAACUCUGAUUCCAUAAGCAUAUCUCCAAAACAAAAAAAAGCUUUCUUCUUUUUCAUCUUUCCCGGGAAAAUUUUCUUGUGUUUACAAAGCAUCAGUCUCUAUCUUUAUUCGUUUCUUUGUUUCUCUUUACUUUUCCUGAAUUUUAUUUAUAUAUAUAAAUAAGCACACGAACAAAGAAACACAUAAGUUAAUACAAUACUAUUACAAGAAAGAAAGAGUGAGUUUUUAAAAUGGAGACAGAGCUGAAGAAACUCAAGAACAUCGUAACACAACCAAGAAUCUUACGCAUCUCUGUAACUGAUCCUUACGCUACAGAUUCAUCAAGCGACGAAGACGAAGAACAAGGUUUUCAAGCGAAACGACGUCGUGUCAAGAAGUACGUGAACGAAGUGGUUCUUGAAUCUGUUUCUUCUGAUGAUAAAGACAAGUCGAUGAUAACGAAGAAGAAGAGAAAGAGGACCGUUGAUACUGCUUCUCCGGCGGUGGUUGUUAAUCCGGCGGCAACGAGAAAGUUUCGUGGAGUGAGACAAAGACCGUGGGGGAAAUGGGCGGCGGAGAUUAGAGAUCCGAGUCGACGUGUUCGGGUUUGGUUAGGUACUUUCAGCACCGCGGAGGAGGCCGCCGUUGUGUACGAUAACGCAGCUAUUCAGCUACGUGGUCCUGACGCCCUCCUCAACUUCCCUCCUCCUCCUCCUGAUCCGGUAACGGAGAACACUGAAGAAGCUUCGACGGUGGCUGAAGAAACGUCUGGUUCUAUCAGUGGCGGAGGAGAAUGUCUUGGUUCUCCGGUUUCUGUUUUACGGUCUCCGUUCUCCGGCGAGUCUACGGCGGUUAAGAAGGAGUUUUUCGGUGUAUCGGCGACGGUUGAGGUGAAAGAUGAGCCGCUGAGUACUCUUUCGGGUACGUUUACGGAUUUUUCUGAGUCUUUGUUCUCAAACGACGACGUUUUUGGAUUUUCGACGCCGAUGACUGAUUCUUACGGCGGAGAUUUAUUCGGGGGUGAUCUUUUCGAAGAUAUGAGUUUCGGAUUCGGGUUUGGAUCCGGGUCAGGGUAUGGUUCUGGAUUCUCUAGCUGGCACGUGGAGGACCAUUUUCAAGAUAUUGGGGAUUUAUUCGGGUCGGAUCCUCUCUUAGCUGUUUAAAUAAUAACAGACGUUAAAAAAAAAAAAAACACCGGCCGUUAACGGCGUUUGGUGAAGUUUUGUUACCGGCGGAAGAUAUAAAAAUAUCGACGAUUUUUUUUUUUUUAAUGAGAAUUUGUUUUAACUUUAAUUAAUGGUGAAUUUUUAAGGUUAAAUAAUAAACGUCUGUGAGUUAA